AUUAGAAAUGGGAGAACUGUAAGUGGGGAAAGAUUUUCUGAAAUAUCAGACAUCAGUAUGCAAUGGAAUGCCUAUCAAAGAGAGAAAAUAUUUACAUGCCUUAAGUGUGGAAAAACAUUUGGAUGGAAGAACUGUUUUAUUUCCCAUCAAACAAUUCACACAGGGGAGAAACCAUAUAAAUGUCUGGAGUGUGGGAAACGGUUUGGGCGGAAGUAUAGCCUUACUAUCCAUCAAAGAAUCCACACAGGGGAGAAACCAUAUAAAUGCCUGGAGUGUGGGAAAAGCUUCAGUCAGAAUGGAAAACUUACUAUCCAUCAAAGGAUUCACACAGGGGAGAAGCCAUAUACAUGCCUGGAGUGUGGAAAAACUUUCUAUCACAAAGGAAAGCUUACCUACCAUCAAAGAAUUCAUACAGGGGAGAAGCCCUAUAAAUGCCUAGAGUGUGGAAAAACCUUCAAUCACAGUGGAAGCCUUACUUACCAUGAAAGAAUUCACACAGGAGAGAUGAAAUAUAAAUGCCAGGAGUGUGGAAAAAGCUUCAAUCACUGUGGAAGCCUUAUUUCCCAUCAAAGAAUUCAUACAGGGGAGAAACCAUAUAAAUGCCUGGAGUGUGGAAAAUGCUUCCGUAGGACUGGAAAUCUUACUACCCAUAAAAGAAUUCACACAGGGAAGAAACCAUAUAAAUGCCUGGAAUGUGGAAAAAGCUUCACUCAUAGUGGAAACCUUACUUCCCAUCAAAGAAUUCACACAGGGGAGAAAAAAUACCAAUGCCUAGAAUGUGGGAAAAGGUUCAGUCAAAGUGGAAGCCUUACCUCCCAUCAAAGAAUUCACACAGGGGAGAAACCAUAUCAAUGCCAGGAUUGUGGGAAAACCUUUAGUAAGAGUGGAAACCUUACUUCCCAUCUAAAAAUCCAUACAGGGGAGAAACCAUAUAAAUGCCUGGAGUGUGGGAAGAACUUCAGUAAGAAUGGAGACCUCAAUCUACAUCAAAAAGUACACACAAGGAAAAGAGCUGAAGCAGGAGACAGCCAGAGACAGGGCUUUUUCAGUGGUGGCAUGUUGCCUAAGAAAUGCCCUUCCCAUUGA